ACAUUCUAAAUUACCGUUGAUAUAGAAAACGCAGGUACUUCGGAUAAAGCUCUUUGAUCCAAUGUUCGCUGCUGAUCUCGCCCAAGGCAAACACAUACCUAUGGUUAGUAGUUAUCAAUGAAAGCAAUGAUUGAUAUUGAUUAGUACGAAUAGAAGGGCAUAAAAUUAAACGAAGUAAAUGAAACUGAAAAGUGAAUGAGAAUCGCUUUUACGGAAGUCACACCUACGUAAGUUAAAGUGGCUUUAAAAGCGUAUCUGUCCGACGUUGAGAUGUUAGAACGUUCGGAAUACGUAUGCGUACCUCGAUCACGUUCUGAAAGUUUGCACAGAUUUUAUGAAACGUCAGCUAUUUCUUUGAUAUAAAUAUGAAGCUCGAUCCACGCUGCUGUGUGUCGUGGUGUAUUGUUUCAGUUUCAAUUUAGCAGAACGUUUCUUUUUCAUUCGAGCUACAAGCGAGGAACAUCCUUCGUAUAAUAAUGUCGAGGAUGUAAUAAAAAUAUCAGUCUUCUUCGACUGGAUCGUACCGAGUGUCGAAAUACUGCACGCCAGUGUAUACAAUAUGUAGGUACAGAAUCAUAAACGUUAAAUUUUACAUCGAAAUCGAGUGCAUAUUUGUAAUACGCGAGUGUGAUCGAUAAGAACACAAGUGUUUAUUUAUUCUUUAUAUAGAAGUUUGUUUCACGUGUACUUUUUUAUUAGCAUUUAUGAAAAUGCAUGAACGUUCAUUUACAUUUUGUGUUUGUCAUUUGUAUUGCACAUUCAAAGUCGACGAUUCGCUAUGUGCCCGAUAAUAAAUAAUCCGAUUAUAGAUAACGUGUUUUCGUUUUAAACAAAAGAAAAAAAAAUGAAUCAGCGAAGCUGAAUUUGAAAUUGUCAGUUUGAGAAUGAUAUAAAAUUUCAGUUUGGAAAACGUGGAGAUAAGAACACCGUUAAAUCAAUUUUUAACGAAGCAGAUAGAAUAUAUCCAGCUUCGUCUGAAACCAGAGGAGAUCCGGAAAAGAUGAUCGAGAUGCGCUUUGACCGUGGAUGUGUCUGAUUCGGUGACAACCAAACUAAUUAUAAUAAAUCUAAUCAGUGAACAAUACGAAUCAGCAAUGACGUAAUUUGUCUUCGUGACCACGUAUCGUGGAACAGUUAUUUCUACGCCAACGAUCGGAUAAUUCGAAUUGAAAAACAGGAGGAUGAAACUUCUAUGGCCAUUGAUGUAUGCCAAAAAUCUGGAUAUGGUAAACCUGGUGAUUCAGAGGUUGCUAAAGUACCUUGUGUUUAUGCUAAGCUGUAUCGUGACGCCAAUUUUAAAACUGCAAUAUUUUAAGAAGCGGAAACGAAUACCAGCGAUCAAGAAUCAGCUGUUGUUGAUUUCAGCGACAGAAAUUGCGCGACAGAUUCGCAAGAAAAUGAUAAGCAGCGAGGAAGUGGUGAGAGCCUAUGUGGAGAGAUGCAGAGACGUAAAUCCUGUGAUAAACGCUAUCGUGGAGUCGCGUUUCAGCGCAGCCAUUCAGGAAGCGCAGGAAGUUGACAAGCUCUUGGCGAGCACCACGAAAACCGAGGAGGAACUUGCUCGUGAGACGCCUUUUCUUGGCGUACCCAUAACUGUGAAAGAAAGUUUCGCCGUUGAAGGAAUGUCGCAUAUGGCCGGCGUGAAGAAAAAGUCUCCACAGAAAGCGACUAAAGACGCAGUAGUUGUUAGCAUGGUACGCAAGGCUGGCGCUAUUGUCCUUCUCGUCAGUAAUACUCCCGAGCUAUGUCUGAACUGGGAAACUAGCAACAAAGUUACUGGUACUACUAGAAACCCUUAUGACACCAGAAAGAUACCCGGUGGCUCUUCCGGUGGCGAGGCAGCACUAAUAAGCUCCGCCGCCUCCAUCGCGGGCAUCGCGUCGGAUGUCGCAGGUUCUGCGAGGCUUCCGGCCAUGUUCUGCGGUAUUUUUGGUCACAGACCCACGUCAGGUCUGAUCUCUACAGAGGGCCAUAAGCCAUAUUCUCAUGAUGAAUCAUUUACCCUGUACUGUACACCAGGAACGAUGGUCAGAUACGCCGAGGAUUUGUCUCUUAUGAUGAAGAUAAUGUGUCAGUCGGAAGAGACGUGGAGGAAGUUCGAGCAGAAGGUAUGUUUGAAAGACAUGAAAUUCUUUUACCUGGAGGACUGCUGCGUGGUAACGGACUCUAUAAGCAAAGAUGUAAAACAGGCGAUGAAGAAGCUGAGGAUCCACAUCGAAACGACGUACGGUCUCAAAGUAGAAAAGGCACGGUUACCUGCCAUGAAAUUUAUGCUUAACAUGGCAUCGCUUAUGCUAUCGGUGAAUCUCGAUGACAUCAAGGAUGAUAUUAAAUGCGCGGGAUCGAGUAGAUGUCUGCUUGAAGAAUUGAAAUCCAUUUGUGGCAUGUCGCAGAAUACGCUCUCUGCAAUUACAUAUAUCAUCAUGAAAUGGGUAUAUCAUAAAUUAUCAGAGAGUUAUGAACGCGAAGUGUCCGCUAAGAGGGACGAGUUAAAGAAACAAUUCGAGGAGCUACUAGGUGAUAACGGCGUACUGAUAUUCCCAACGUUCGUAUCGUCAGCCUAUUACUCGAACGAAACCUACCCGAAUAUCUUCAAUUUCAUGUAUCUGACAGUCGCUAACGUACUAGGAAUACCAGCGACACACUGCACAAUGGGGCUCAACAAACAGGGUUUACCUGUUGGCCUUCAAAUCAUGGCAAACGCGGGCAACGAUCAUCUUACGAUCGCAGUGGCUAAAGAGAUCGACAAAGCCUUCGGUGGUUGGCAGCCGCCACCGAUGACCGAGCUGCAAGUUUGAUUCUCUCUUUCUGUCUGAUCGGACGAUAAAGACUUCGAUACGAGGAUCCAUCGCGAUAAAUCGAGUGUAUUCGACGUGAUACGAUCGGCGAAGAGACUACGAUAACGAACGUGUGCUUCUUCGUUCAAACGACGAACAAUUGCGAUACCUCAAACGUGAACGAAUCUACGAUAGAAAUUAAGAUGUGCAAUAAAUAUAGGCUGUUCUUAUGACAUGUGGGAAGUGGCUAGUCUGGCCCUACCCUGAAAUAGGGAUAAGUCGAAUUUACAAUCGUUUGUAAAGAUAUUAUGAAUAAAUAACGAAAUAAAAAUUUGACCUUCGAUCGUUGGAGAAAUUUGCAACAAAGCGAACGAGCUUUGUCCGAAGCUGAUUUAAUAAAUUAGUUUCUCGAUUAUCACGCGCGCCAGUUUAAAAAGUCGUUAAAAGUAAACCGUUCAAAAAGCUAAUGAACAAUCAGAAGAAUUAGAGUAAAAAGAAUUACAUUUCAUGACUCUGUACUUACAUCUGCAAAAAGAUUCAGAGCUAUGUAACUGAUAGUUGAUGUAAAUAAAAUUCAUAGAAAUGA